AUGGAAGUUGACGAGGUGCAGACGGAAAAUCAAGUUGUCAAGGAAAACGCUGCCCUUGUCCAACCUGAUUGGGAUCUGGCAUUAAAGCAAGUUGAUUUUGCUACAGUUCCCUUAGAAAUGCCUCGUCCACAAUUUUUUAUUGGACUUCGCAGACAUGGUGAGAAAUCAGUUUUUGCUAAUGUGGAGAAGCAGGGAGAUGAAUACGUUUGUGCCGAUACUUCCAUUCGAGUCUCUGUGCAGCAAGCAUGUAACUCCUUACAUCUUGAAUCAUCUGAUAUUAACACCACUUUUCUGUCGCCGGUGGCUGAAAUACGUGAUCUUCAUGAUUCUGCUAUACAGUCCAUGGAUAUCUCCUGCACAGGAAAUCUCAUCGUCUCAUCAGACAUUAGUGGAUCCUUGAUCAUAUCUAAUGUCAUGAAUGGAAGUUUGUUGGUACGAAAUCUUUUGUCUUUCCUGUUUCGAUGA